AUGGUAGAGCCACGGAGUUGUCCAGAGCAGGCUGAGCCCCCAGACUACUCGCCGUCGCAUCCGCUGAGCCUUCAUGACUCCGGCAUCGCGACCUCGCCUGCGCUCUCGCCCACGGCCUUCAUCCCCCAUCUAGCGCUGCAGACAUGUCCGCCAGCAGCUGGAGAGACCGCGCAAGGUGCGCAGACGCCAUUGGCGCCGAUAGUCGACUCGAGUCCGGCGACGCCACGGACGCCGGUGCUGCAGUUGCGUACUGACAUCCCCUCUGUCUACCACCAGCCGCAGCAGUACCACCAUCAGCAGUCUCGUCCUGAGGGCCAGGAUCAUCAUCAGCAGCAGCAGCAGCAGCCGUCACUGCUGCAGCAAGGGAGCGGCUUCGAGCAUCACGUUCACCUGAGCCGGUCGACGGCGAGCCUGCCACGGAGAAUCCCCAGCAUCCGCCAUGCGCUGGCAGAAGUGCACUCCAGCGCCGGAUCUCUCUCUCCAGGCUCUGCCUUCUCGUCGCCGCAGCUGGCAGGACUGAGUGACAUAACCCCUCUGCCGUCGCCGAUACAGCUUGCCUCGCCACCCUGGGGCUCGACCAGCACCUUUUCCCUGUCUCGUGUUUCCUCGACGGCGUCCAACCGGGAGCUGCAUCUACCACCGCCGUUGACUACGCGACCUCGACCGGCCCAGACAGCAGCAGCAGCAGCAGUGCCGGCAUCUUCAGCGUCGACUGGAGCUGGUCCCGCCUCUCCGGACACCCUCAACCCGUCGCAGCUCUCGGCUCCCAAGCGAGACCACAGACACACCCGCAACCGGAGUCUGAGCGAGUAUGUCCCGCCAGCCCUCCAGGUGCAUCCGGCCACUCGCAAGGCCGCUGCGUCCGAGGCCACCCCGCCCAGAGACAGAGGCGGCUCGCGAGAGGGGCGGAUCAGGCCGAAUCUACAGAGGGAAGAGUACCUGGCCGCCCAGCGUGGCAUAUCUGUCCUUCCGCCGCCGCUGCCUACUCCGCCGUCUGCCCACGAGCAGUCUACGUCCGGGAUACUAGACGGCGCCGUCUACAAUGUUCAGUCGAUCCGGUCCAAGCAGCCUCGCAGAUACAGGUGGCAGAGCCUGCUCGGCCAGGGAGCCUUCAGCCAGGUCGUCCUUGCGGCAAGGGAGGAGGACGGAGCAGCUAAGCCGCACGCUCGCCGCCUGGUGGCCGUCAAGAUCGUCGAGUACGGACCGGCCGGGGGAGCGGAUGAGGAGCGCGUCGAGGUCUCGCUCAACCGGGAAGUCGAGAUACUCAAGUCGAUCGACCAUCCGUCUAUCGUCCAGCUCAAGGCGUUCGGGAGUGAGCCAAAGAGAGCCCUGCUGGUCCUGGAUUACUGUCCGGGCGGCGACCUGUUCGAAUUCGCCAGCAUGCGGAUGAAGCGUAUCGAUCCCCCGCUGAUCGAGAGAAUCUUCUCUGAGCUCGUCGAUGCCGUCAGAUAUCUCCAUAGAAAUCACAUUGUCCACCGUGAUAUCAAGCUGGAAAAUGUCUUGUUGAAUAUCCCGUUUGCAAUGAUGCAGGAUAUCCCCGACUGGCGGCUCUACCCUCGCGCCGUCAUCACGCUGACGGACCUGGGCCUCUCGCGACGCAUCCCUCAGCCGCCGGAGAGCCCUCUGCUGCGCACUCGCUGCGGAAGCGAAGACUACGCAGCCCCCGAGAUUCUGAUGGGCCAGCCCUACGAUGGCCGUUCAACCGAUGCCUGGGCCCUUGGCGUCCUGCUCUACGCCAUUAUGGAGAACCGACUGCCGUUCGAUCCUCUGCCAGGCACCAGAGGCGACCCUGCAAAGCUCCGGGCUCGCACUCCACACCGCAUCGCCCGCUGCGAAUGGAGCUGGUAUCGCUACGCCGACGGCGACGGGGACUGGGACCCUGUCAAAGGGAGAGAGCUCGAGGGUGCCCGGCGCUGCGUCGAGGCUCUGCUGAAACGAGGAAGUAAACGUAUGCAUCUUGACGACGUUGCGGACAUGGAUUGGGUCAGGGAUGCUAUCGCUGCUGAUGUCCUGCCCCUGAAACGAGGGGAUAUCGAGGUUCCUUGA